UUGGUUUCGUUGUGCCUAGCCGCCGAGAAAGCAUCACUUCGCUUUAUCAGCGUUCCCGACAGUUCGAACAUCACCUAUACGUUUGAACUUCACGCAUACUUUCGUGCGUUUGCGACGAUUGACGGGUGUGGUCUGACGGAGCUUUAAUAGCAUCUGUGCUGCGUUGUAAGGAUAUGUCUCUACUCGGUGUGUCCGGUUGGCUGUUGUUCGCCGUCACAUUGUGCGUUCUUCUGUACCUAUAUUCAGCACGGAAAAGAAACUAUUGGAAGGAACAGAAUGUUAAGCAUGAACCUCUGUCUGUGUUUGCAGCUGUCAAACGUCUGCUUCUUAAGCCUCCCCACAUUGUGGACCAGGAACGCUACAAGAAGAUGGGCAGACUCUUUGGUUUUUUUGAAGGUGGCGAACCAAUUCUCAUGGUGGCAGAACCUGAGUUGAUCAAGUUGGUGCUUGUGAAAGAUUUUCCGACUUUACCGGACAGGAUGCCGUUUCAGUUUUUUGAGCCUCUACUGGAUAACACGAUUGGCGUAACCCCGUUGGAAACAUGGCGCAGAAUUCGGCCAAGUGUUAGUCCCGCCUUCACAACGGGAAAACUGCGAAAGAUGACUGACUUGAUUCAACAGUGUGCGAAGAAAACAGCGAUGCAUCUUACGACAGCUGCACGUACUCAAACGGAUGUGGAGAUGAAGCAGUUCUAUGGACACUACGCAAUGGAUGUCAUAUCCCGUUGCGCAUUCGGCACGGAAGUGGACUCGCACUCAGACAAAACAAAUGAGUUCGUGACACGUGUCAGAACGGUGAUCUCAGGAGGACUGAACCCACGUCUACUGAUGCUAAUGUUGUUUCCUGGGCUGGUGACUUCGCUCCGAAUGAAGGUGUUUGACCCCAGAGCCUUUGAGUAUCUCAACAACUUCACACUUGCCGUUGUCAAGAAGAGACAAAAUGAGCGCCACGAUGACUUUCUUCAGCUUAUGAUAGACGCGCAAGAAGGAACGUUGAGUGAUGGUGGCGAAGGCGCUCCAGAAUCGAAUUCAGAAGUAUUCAACUUAGGGUCCGACGCAAAGUGCAACGUUCUGUUUGGAGCGAGACGUUUGACAGAAACAGAAGCUCUGGCUCAAUGCGUGCAGUUCUUUCUGGCCGGCCUUGACAGCACAUCAGCAGUAUUGGCGUACGCCGCAUAUCUCCUGGCGCUGAACCCCGACGUCCAAAACGUACUGCGGAAAGAAGUCAAUGAAUGUAUUGAAACACACGGCAACGAUCCAAGUCUGGAUGUUGUUUCUAGGUUGAAGUAUCUGCACUGCGUCUUGUCGGAGACUCUACGGAUGUAUCCACCUGCAGCGAGGCUCCAAAGGAUUGCCAGCAAAGAUUACGUCCUUGGUGAGACAGGAAUCAAGUUGUCAAGUGGCUGCUCUGUUGUCGUGCCUGCCUACGCUAUGCACCAUGACCCUCUACUCUUCCCAGAUCCGGAAAAAUUCAAUCCAGACAGGUUCAGCGAAGAAAACGUCGGCUCCAUCCUGCCGUACACCUACCUACCUUUUGGAGCAGGACCGCGGAAUUGCGUCGGCAUGCGCUUCGCUCUGCUUUCAGUCAAGCUUUGCCUUCUGCAUUCCGUGAGAAGCGCGGAAUUCGUUCCCACGAAGAAAACAAAGGUGCCGUUGGAAUUCCACAAAGGCAUCCCUGUCCUCAGCGCCAAAGACGUCUUUCUUGGCAUCAGAAAAAUACCAUCCCCUAGAAGUCAACUCUGAAUACACGCACCUCAAGCAUAUCAUACAUUUCUUAUCCCAGAACCGUGAUCUUGGAACUUAUGUGUAGCAAUAGAACAACUUACGGGUGCUCGUUCAC